AUGGGUGAUAUAGGAGCCACGGGAGUUUGGCCGAGAGAUGCCGCUUCCUGGGCCUCGAUACCGACUGAAUUCCUCCUCGCCGAGCUAUCCAAGCGACAUGGACCUCCAGUCACGAAUGCCGAAGCUGCUGCGGCAGAAGCAACGAAGCCACAAUGCGGUUCAUCUAGAAAGGAGUCCUACGAUACCGCGCUGCAUAUUGGCGCGCUGAUCUUGAUAUUGGCGCUGAGUACAAUCUCAUGCGGAAUUCCACUACUCCCCAGAAGAACCUCCAAAGGCCGACCGCAGAGCAUAAUUCUCUUCUACUGCCAGCACUUCGGCACCGGCGUUCUCCUCGCAACGUCCUUCGUCCACCUCCUCCCGACCGCCUUCACCUCACUCACCGACCCGUGUCUCCCGUUCGUCUUCAACAAAGGCUACCCCCAGAUGGCAGGCUUGAUCGCUAUGGUGGCAGCACUCUCCGUCGUCGCGCUCGAGUCCUACCUAGCCACCCGCGGGGCCGGUCACUCCCACUCCCAUUCACACGAGUACGAGUACUGGGACGACGAAGAGGGCACCGGGCAUUCUGCAGCAAACACGCAUGCCGCAGGAAGCUUGGCGUCGCACAGACACGGCUCUCACCGGCCGGAAGACAUCAGCCUCGAUAACAUGGAUUCUACUCAGGGGCUCAUGGCCGGCGCAUCGCCUUUGCCGAGCUCGACGCCGACGCGUGCGAAAGCGAACGAUAGCCUUGCCAACGGUCGAGAUAGCUUUGACGACGACGAAUCGGACAUUGACCUCGACGUCGAUGAGUUGGACCCAACCCCGGCCGACGAGCCCAGACGGCGGAGCUCACCCGGCAUCCGUCCAAAGAUUACAGUUACCCCCGGCGCACCCCAGAUCGUCACGGAAGAGGAGCAGAGCAAGCUUCUCCGCCAAUGUCUGCUACUAGAAGGAGGCAUUCUCUUCCACAGCGUCUUCAUCGGCAUGGCCAUUUCGGUCGCGACGGGCCCGACCUUCAUCGUCUUCCUCAUCGCCAUCAGCUUCCACCAGACAUUCGAGGGACUCGCACUCGGCAGCCGAAUCGCCGCCAUCCAACUACCCCGGUCCUCGGCGCGGCCAUGGCUCAUGGUUCUCGCGUUCGGAGGCACGACGCCGCUCGGUCAGCUCAUUGGUCUCAUUGUGCAUAAUCUGUACGACCCCAUGAGCCAGACCGGGUUGCUGAUGGUUGGAUUCAUGAACGCCAUCUCGGCUGGGUUGCUCCUCUUUGCUGGACUGGUCCAGCUGCUAGCCGAAGAUUUCCUCUCAGAGAAGAGCUACAAGAUUCUACAGGGGCGGAAACGGCUGAAUGCCUACAUGGCUGUGGUUGGCGGAGCAUCACUCAUGGCCAUUGUCGGAGCGUUUGCCUAG